UCAUGAAUAUGCGAGCGCCUAUCGCAGUACGCUGGAGUGGGUACUGUACAGUCUACAGCGCUUUGUGUUUUCUCAAACAGAAACAGAAGGAUUGACGGAUAUAAGCGACGUUUGUGUAUCAUCCCGCAUAAUAUCGCACUAAUCAUGCCCGGACAGGCGUCGGUGACGGUGGCCAGCGGCCCGCAGAAGUCGAACGGUUUUGUUUUGAAGAAGAUCAUGAAUAUUCCUCCUCCAAACAUACUGGAGGAUCAAGACGACGAUAUUGAGAAGGAGAAACAGGGCUCGACCUGUGGUGGGACGUCCGGUGGCGGCGGUGGUUCGGGGGGUGUCUCGGCUUCUCUCACACCCACCAUCUGGGACAAAACCAUCCCGUAUGAUGGCGAGACCUUCCACCUGGAGUACAUGGACCUGGACGAGUUCCUGCUGGAGAACGAGAUCCCCGUCACACUGGAGGAGGAGCUGAGCAGGGGUCCAUCAGCCCGAGACACACCCUCCGAGGAGCCGGCGACCGUCCCGCAGAUGCCUGAGGAGGAACACAAGGACGAUGAAGAGUCUGAGGACCACUCGCUCACUGUGAACAUCGAGACGAACGCAGAAGUCCAAGCGGCCCCGGACCGUGUGACGCCCCCUCCGAUCGACCCAGAGGAGAUUGAGGUGAGCGUGGCCUUCCAGCCGGACCCCACGGACCUGGUGCUGUCCAGCGUUCCCGGAGGAGAGCUCUUCAAUCCACGCAAACAUCGCUUCUCUGUGGACGAGCUCAAGCCACAGCCCAUGAUCAAGAAAGCCAAGAAAGUGUUGGUUCCUGCAGAGGCCAAGGAUGAAAAGUACUGGUCGCGGAGGAAGAAGAACAACAUGGCGGCGAAGCGCUCGCGUGACGCCCGGCGUCUGAAGGAGAACCAGAUCGCCGUCCGCGCCUCCUUCCUGGAGCGGGAGAACGCGGCGCUCCGACAGGAAGUGGCUGAACUGCGCAAAGACUGCGGCCGCUGCAAGAAGAUCAUGCUGCUGUACGAGGCCAAGUACGGCUCGCUGUGAGGGACACGCUUCACCCCGACACACAUCAGUCUCCCUUAUAAUUCACACCGCAGUCACACAGCCGGGGAUUGUGGGUAAUACGGCGCCGCGCGGGAAGCGGACGAGAACGACACGAGCGUGUGUUUGUAAAGAACGUUUGAAGAAGAAGAAGUCGUCAAAUGAUAACACAACAUAACCUUUGACCUCCUCAUUCUGCCCUCUCAUUCGGUAUGAAGACGAGAUAAUGUGUCUAUGUUUGUGUACAAGAGGUUUUUCGCAGAAAACAAGCGCAUGACCCUCGAUAUGAAGCAAUUCUUUUCUUUAUUCCUCGUAAACGAGCGUGCGACGGAUGGUCACGAUCUGCGAAGGUGAAGUCUGUAAAUAUAUAUACGCUUGUAUUUCGUCUGCUAGUGUUGUCGUUCGUCGGGAAUGACCUGAUCGUGUAGAGUCGACACUUCUGUCAUGCAGAUUAACUCUAGAGCGAUUCAAACACUUCUUCACCAGAGUUAAGCGGGCGAUUAUUGUAACGUGAGCGUCUGCGCUUGGGUUUAACUACGAGUGACUGAUCCACUGGAUCUGGUUUGAUCCACGGCAAUAAUGUGCAACUCAUCUUUACCUCAGAUCAGAUGUUUCUGACGAGUGUCUUUUAUUUAUUUAUUUAUUUUUAAAAUACCAUUUUAGUCGGGCAGCUCACCAUCAGUUGAAAUGCAAAUGUAACUUUAGUUUUUUACAUUCUUAUCAAUGACAGAUUCAUUAUUGCAUACUGCAAUGAAUUAUUAGAAUAAUAAUAAUAAUGCAUUUUUAGAUCAAUUGUUGCAUUGGUAAAACCAUUGUGGCGUGAGUGUGAUUUAUUCCAGUCGAUGACAUUAGCGUUAGCAGUACUAGCAUCUCUCAACGUUUAUCGCCGGUUUUAGUGUAUUUAAAAACAAAGACGAAAUAAUGUGCUUCCAGUGUUUAUGGAUUUUGAUAGAUUAAGAUUACACAUAUCAUGGUUUGUUUUCAAUGCUCAAACAAAUUCACCACAAUUUUAGUUUAUAUUUGUAUUUUUAACAGAUCUUUUUCUUUUUUACAAUCACUAUAUAUGACAACUAAAUAACCAUCUAAUAUCUAAACAUUUUACCGUUGUAAUAUAUAAUAGUUGCACAUACACAUUGCAUUAUAUAAACUAAUGUCGUAAGUCAUCAAGAUGUGUUUUUUUUUUACAACGGGUUUGAAGCAAAUCAAUUGUAUAUUGAACAGUUGUUUGUGCAUGCUGUUGUCAUGGUGAUGCUGUGCAGUGGGCGUGUCCUUCUCUUCCAUAUAUGGAGAUAAAAACGCUCUAUCCGUUCAUGUUCUCUAUGAAACUCAAAUGUAGCAUUCUGACUUGGUUUUGUCUUUAAUAAAACAUGUAACUUUCAAUAUAAAGACAUUUUGAAAAAAAAAAAGAGCUGUUGUUUUUAUAAAGUCACUUUCCUCUGGUUUAAACAGUGUGUUAAGACUGUAUCCCAUAUCAUGCAUGUUAAUAAAGCCAGAUCUCAGAUAUUUGACCUUGCUGAGGUCGUGAUGGAUCUGUGCUGUGAUUGGCUGCUGCUGAUGACAUCACGCGUGUGUGGUACUACGGCUGUCACUGCAGAGAUGAUCAGUGACCUUAUGAGCAUCUGUGAGCAUAAAUAAUACUGUACAAAUACAUCCUGCUAAUGCUUUUAGUGCAGUUCUGUCUGUACAAAGACCGCAGGGUGUGUGUCUGUGUGUGUGCUCCAUUGUGUGGGUUCAUUGUUAUUAUUCUCAGUACGAUGUUACGUAACAAUCAUCCUUACACUCAGUGUUAUUACAUAACAUCUGCUUCAGACACACACUGAUCUGAAUAUGAAGGAGAACGAAAUCACCUUUAUAUGCUUGAGACAAAAUAAAAACCUUGUUUUUUCUCUUUUAAACAUGAAAAUAAGACUUUAAUAAGUUUUUCCAAAGUUUUUGAAUAUAUAGUGAUUUUAUUAAUAUAUUGUUGGCUAUGAAAUCAUUCAGUUUAUAAUGUCAUUCAUUUUCUAAAUAUUUUAGAGAUAAAGAGAGAUUCAGCGGAAGAUCGUUUAUUUUAGUUUAUUUUUCAGAAACAAAAAAAACGGUUCUGCUGAAAAUUCAGAGAGUUUACAGUCACAAACAAAGAGUUUGAGUUGCUUUACAAACCUGGAAGACUUGGAUUUAUUUAAUUGGGAACGGUGUCCUUUUGUAUUACAUUGCAAUACUAUCAGGAAUGUCUUAAAUUACGGAUAACUUCCAUCCAUGUUUCCCAAUAGACAGGAUGGGCAAUAACAAAAUGAUUAAAGGAUUGCUGCAUUUUUCUGCAUUUAAGGUUCAAUGAUAUUGUUAAUGUAAGAGAAACCGACUAAGGAGCUAAACAUUUCGAUUUUAAACAUUAAGGAUGCUAGGUUUAUAUAAAAUCCUUCUUUGCAACACUUAAUGUUUUCAUUUGAUAAAUUGUAUAAAGAAACCAAAAGUACGUCAAAAUGGUCCAAUAAACCGCAGAAACAUCAAACCAAAACCAACUUGUCUUCAAAUGAAUGACUUCUGUACAUUCAGCACUUUGUUAAACAUUUUAUUAGUCAUUUCAUCUUGCAUAUAUUGCAUUUAUAUUCAUAUAGUUAUUUCUGAAAAAAUAACUUCAGCACGUAAGAAACUAAACAAAAGAUUUUGAACAUAAGAAAUAUAUACAUAUUCACGUCAUAGUCGUAUAUAUCUCUUAAUUUGCUUUAUAAAUGCCGUAGAUAACUCUUUUGAAAAAAACUCACAAAACAAAAUAGAAAAAUUGUAAAUAAAUUACAAACAAAUGUAAAAAUACACCCAGUCAUAGCAUUUAGACAGAAAUCUAAACCCCGCCCACCCCCCAAAUGAAACCAAUGGAAAUGAGAGAAUAA